AUGGACUUCACCGAGUGCUACGAGGACUCCGUGUCGACGGUGGCCGCCGCGGCUCGCACCGGUCCCAGGAAGCGUCUUAGACGGCUUAUCCGCCUCGGUCGCACUGUGGACCUUGCGGACAACCGAGGCUGGAGGGCCAUUCACGAGGCGGCCGCCGCCGGCAGGGUGGGCUGCCUCAAGGAUAUCCUGUCUGCGGCCGCUAUGACUGCCGGCUCGUCGUCGGGAUUCCAAGCGUACGUCAACUCCACCACCCACGAGGGCGAGACGGCCUGCUACCUGGCGGCCGAACGCGGCCACCUGCCCGCCCUCCGCCUCCUCCUCAAAGCCGGAGCCGACAUCAACCAGCAGACCAACGACCUCUCGUGUCCACUCUUCGCAGCGGUCACUGACAGCCACAAGGACAUGGUGCAGCUCCUGUUGGCCAAGGGCGCAUUGGUGGACAGGUCGCACACCGCUUCCUGCUGGACGUGCCUUCAUCAAGCUGUCUAUGUGAAUAACGUGGACAUCGUGCGCAUAUUGGUGACGCAGGCCAAGCUGGAGGCAUGCGACGACCACGAGAUCACGCCUCUCUUCCUGGCGGCACAGUAUGGACGCCGUGAAUGUCUGGAAGUCCUGGUCCAAGCCGGCGCCGAUGUGAAUGCGCAGGCCCGCGACUUGGCUACGCCGCUCUUUCUGGCUUCCCAGGAGGGUCACCUGGCCUGCGUGGAGUUUCUAUUGGAGCACGGCGCCGACGCCAACCUGGUGUGCAGCGAGGACUGGCCGCAACUUCCCAUCCACGGCGCGGCGGAGUUCGGCCACCUCGGCAUCCUCAAGCGAUUGGUCGCUGUGACGGAACGCACGUGCGACUGCGGCCAGGGCCAGGUGAGCCCGCUCUACCAUGCUGUUGAAAACCGAAAUACGCACUGCGUAGAAUUCCUCCUUUCCGAGGGCUUCAGCCCCGACGCGCAGGACUGCAGCGAAAUUUUAAGGCUGUACUCGCCGCUGAACGUCGCCUUAAAGGACAGACACAGCUCCGAGACGGCGAGGAUGCUGCUGGCGGCGGGAGCGGCUCUGCGCAAGAAUGAGUGGGUAGUCGUUCUGACCAAAACCCACCCGCUCCAGCUGGUUCUGGAGCACAGGUGGCUGUACCCCCCGCGUUUCCCUGGCGACGAGCCCGUCACCUGCGGGAGUAAGAGGGCGUUGAGGCCGGAGGAGUUCGCCGACAUGUGGAUGAUGGCGUUGAAGCAUCCAAAGUCAGCCUGCAAGUGGCUGCCACCUCUAAUAAGAGCGGGACUCAAUCCCUAUCUGAUGCUGCAGACAAACAUACUGACGAAAGCCAAAGGUAGCAUUGUUAACUUUCUGCUCCAGUUUGUCAACUGGUCAACCUUGUCGUCGUCUUCCAAUGCCAUAUUGUGCCAAAGACGAGCAGAAGGCACGUGGCAACCACUCCCGCAAUUUGCAUCUCGGAGUGACGCCAUCCCCGACCUCUUGCACCUCUGCCGGCUGCAGCUCAGGUCGCUGACGGGACCGGACUUGGUGUUGAAUUCGGGCGUUGUGAAGAGGCUCCCCGUGCCCACACUGCUUCAUAGCUUCCUACAGUUUAAAGAUAUCCAGGUGGACAACACCGAUUUCUCUUAA